GUAGCGGGUGGCGCAGUGUUUCAAAAUGUCGUCCAACCGCAACGUCUGCGUUGGUUCUCGGGUGUCUGAUCGUGAAAAGGAGCUUCUGCUGGAUUUUGUGAAAGAGCACCCACAGAUCGCGACGCUGUCGUGCCCGCUGGAGCCGUCGUUAACGAGGGAGAACCGGGACGACAUGUGGCAGGAGCUGGUAGCGCUUUUGAACGAAGAAGUCCCUGCGCGUAACACCACAGCCCAGUGGCAGGCCCGAUGGAGGAAUGAGCGCUACUAUUCGCAGAAGGGUCUUGCCAAACUCCGAGAGCAGCAGAGCGGCACCGGAGGCGGCCAGAUUUCGGGUUACCGCGGCCGCGUCGUGCUUGACAGGGACCGCACGGGUCGACAGUGCGCGAGGCCCAGUGUUCGGGUGGUCUGA